AUGCCAGGCAACAAAAAGAACAAAGUUGCAAGCAUCGACAAUGUGAUUAAAAGGUUAGGCAAUGUGACAGGGGCCAUAAAGAAGGGCACCGGUGUGGCAGCUUCCAUACAGGUGGGCAGGGCCAAACCUGCUCACACUAUCCCCUAUGCCGAUUCUGAGGACGAGUCAGAGGAGGGGGCAGAGGAGGAUGUAGAGGAGGAGCCAGUUGUGGAGGUGGAGCAGACGAGGUCUCGUCGUGAUUGGCAGCAUAUUUUUGUAGAUACUAACUUACUUGCCUUUCCAUUGUGCAGGGCCUUGCUGGUUGUAGGAGAAGACAUAAAGGUGCCACGCCAGCCAAGUAGCAUCAUUGGAUGUCUUUGCAGGCAUUAUUACCCUGGCUUGGUCCCCAUAGGAGAUGGUGAGGAGGAGCCAGCUUGGUCUUGGGAGCAUUGGAAACGCGCUCCGGAUACCAAAGACAAGUGGGACAGGGAGUACAACAAUGCUGCCGACCGAGUGGUCAACGAUUUUUGGGACUUCUUUACUUGUGCCGAGGGUAUGAAGGAUGAAGCUAAUGAGGUCGUGGAGGCGAUUGCCAAGAAGAUUGUCCAAGACAUGCACUACGAGGGGCGCGUCGAUGCCAUGGUGAAGUAUUAUGCGCAUGAACGCAACAUGCUUCUCAAAAAGCAACUAGCCCGGAGAGUCCAUCUCACCCGUUCGAUGUACAUGAAGGCGGUUCCCUCGUGGUGCAACAACAAGAUUCCUUGCUAUCAGCAAAUCAUAUCCAGGUGGAUAAACCCGGAGUGGAGGGUCACACAUAGAGCAUGUUCGGAGCGGCGUGCCUUGAUGGGUGGUCCGGUACACCUUCAAGGCAACCUCAACCUCCACGCUUACGUGCAGAAGAAGAAUAGGGAGAGAGGCGAGGGAGAACAACCUCUCAACAGCUUCAUGGGAUUAUGUCUUUCCCGCACGUCAAAGAAACCUGAAGGGGGGUGGGUCAAACCUGGUGCUGGUUCGAGGAUUAAAGCAUAUAGUGGGAAGUUCAAGGAGUGCAACGGGCCCGACUCUGAUCCGGCCUCACAGGACAUUGACGUCAUGGUUUCCCUCAUGUCGGGAGAAGGCAAGAAGGGUGGCCGGUUAUAUGUUGGUGAUGGUGCCAUCCGUAAGAAGGACAUUCCAAAACUCGCCCACCUCCGUGCUACCACCUCGAGCUCAGGUCCUGCUAUAGAGCAUCGCCCACAGCCUAGGCUGGACAUGCUGCAUCAAUUCGAGGUAUAUUUUUCUUUAUUGAUAUUCCUUGUGAUUUCUUCUUUGCAUUGCAAUGAUGGUGAACUUGUUGUGAUGGCAUAUUGUAGGCACGCCUACAGGAACAAAACAAGUUGCGGCAGGAGGCUCAGGCCAAUGCCCAACUUCAACAGGACCAAGCCAUGA